ACACAGCGUACAGCGGUACACUCGUUUAUUCUACUAUUAGCUCCCAGAGAGAGAGAGAGAGAAAUGGCUGAAGUCGCUCCCGCUCCCGCCGCCGCGCCGGCCAAAGCGCCCAAGAAGAAAGCAGCUUCGAGGACCAAGAAAACAGGCCCUAGCGUCGGCGAGCUCAUCGUCAAAGCGGUUUCCUCGUCCAAGGAGAGGAGCGGCGUGUCUCUUGCCGCCCUGAAGAAAGCUUUGGCUGCCGGCGGAUACGACGUGGAGAAGAACAACUCUCGCGUCAAGCUCGCCGUCAAGGGCCUCGUUACUAAAGGCACUCUGGUGCAGACCAAAGGGACCGGCGCGUCUGGAUCUUUCAAGCUGAACAAGAAGCAGACCGAAGUUAAGAAGCCCGCAAAGAAAGCCGCGACAAAGGCGGCCGCCAAAAAGCCCGCCGCGGCUAAGAAGCCCAAGAAAGUAGCGGCCAAGAAACCCGCAGCCAAAAAGUCUCCCAAGAAGACGAAGAAGCCCGUCGCUGCCGUCAAGAAAGCCACCAAAAGCCCCAAGAAGGCCAAAAAGCCGGCGAGCCCCAAGAAAGCAGCCAAGAGCCCCAAGAGGGCCAAAAAGACGGCGACCCCCAAGAAGGUAAAGGCUGUAAAGCCCAAAGCGGCGAAGGCCAAAAAGGCUCCCAAGAAGAAGUAA